UCCCCUCCCCCCCAGUCGGAUAGAGCUGCUCGGGAGACCGGGAGCUUCCGCUUUCCCCUGGAGCCCGAAGGGGGAUAGAGAGCGCCCGCCCAGAGGACACUGCUAGCACGACGGGUCAAUGUGUGUUUGCUGACCCUCUCCCGGACCAUGGGAAUGCUGAGGCUCGUUUUCCUGCUUUCCUGGGCGGCCAGUUCAGGAGGUCAAUAUGGUAAUCCACUGAAUAAAUUCAUUAAGCAUUAUGAAGGGUUGUCUUACGAUACGGACUCGUUACACCAAAAACACCAACGUGCCAAAAGAGCGGUAUCGCAUGAAGACCAGUUUGUGCAUUUGGACUUUCAUGCCCACGGCAGGCAGUUCAACCUCCGCAUGAAAAGGGACACUUCUCUCUUUUCUCCUGAUUUUAAACUGGAAGUUGGAGGUGAAACAAUCAAAUAUGACACCUCUCACAUAUACACUGGACAGAUAUUUGGUGAACAAGGCACCAUGAGUCACGGAUCAGUUCUUGAUGGAAGAUUUGAAGGGUUCAUUCAGACCCCCCAAGGGACUUUCUAUGUUGAACCUUCAGAGAGAUACUUUAAGGAUAGAGCUGUACCAUUUCACUCUGUCAUUUAUCAUGAGGAUGAUAUCAAGUAUCCUCAUAAAUACGGAGCCCAUGGAGGCUGUGCAGACCAUUCAGUGUUUGAAAGGAUGAAGAAGUAUCAGAUGUCUGCUCAAAGGGAGCCAGAACAUACACAUUUGAAUGAACAUGAGGAAAGUGGUCCAAUUAUCCUACGAAGGAAACGUGCUGCCCAGGCUGAGAAGAAUACCUGUCAGCUCUACAUCCAGACGGACCAUCUCUUUUACCGGCGAUAUGGAGAGACCAGAGAAGCAGUGAUUGCCCAGAUUUCCAGCCAUGUAAAAGCGAUCGAUACGAUUUAUCAGUCGACCGAUUUCAUGGGAAUUCGCAACAUCAGCUUCAUGGUGAAACGCAUUCGGAUCAACACAACGGCAGAUGAAAGAGACUCUUCAAAUCCUUUCCGGUUUCCUAAUAUUGGGGUUGAGAAGUUUCUGGAGCUGAAUUCGGAGCAGAAUCAUGAUGAUUAUUGCUUGGCAUAUGUGUUUACAGACAGAGAUUUCGAUGACGGUGUCCUAGGACUGGCAUGGGUGGGAGCACCAUCAGGUAGUUCUGGGGGUAUUUGUGAGAAAAGCAAACUCUAUUCUGAUGGAAAAAAGAAGUCCCUCAACACUGGAAUCAUCACUGUCCAGAACUAUGGCUCCCACGUCCCUCCCAAGGUUUCUCAUAUCACUUUUGCACAUGAAGUUGGACAUAACUUUGGUUCUCCUCAUGAUUCUGGCUCUGAAUGCACACCGGGAGAAUCCAAAAAUAUGGGUUUUAAAGAGAAUGGCAAUUUUAUUAUGUAUGCCAGAGCAACAUCUGGAGACAAGCUCAACAACAACAAAUUCUCCAUCUGCAGCGUUCGUAAUAUCAGCCAAGUUUUGGAGAAGAAGCGAAAUCAAUGUUUUGUAGAGUCUGGUCAGCCAAUCUGUGGUAAUGGGUUGGUGGAAGCAGGGGAGGAAUGUGACUGUGGCUACAGUGAUCAAUGUAAGGAUAACUGUUGUUUCGAUGCAAACCAGCCAGAAGAUAAGAAGUGCAAGUUAAAACCUGGAAAAAGCUGCAGCCCAAGCCAGGGUCCUUGCUGCACUGCAACAUGCAACUUCAAGUCAAGGAAUGAAAAAUGCCGUGAGGAAUCGGACUGUGCCCAGGUGGGAACUUGUAAUGGUGGUACAGCUCAGUGUCCACCCUCUGAACCCAGGAAGAACCUAACUGAAUGUAACAGACAGACCCAAGUCUGCAUCAAAGGGCAAUGUGCAGGUUCUAUCUGUGAGAAGUACGGACUGGAAGAAUGUACAUGUGCCAGUACAGAUGGGAAAGAUGACAAAGAACUGUGCCACGUUUGCUGCAUGGAAAGAAUGAAGCAGCAGACUUGUGCUAGUACCGGUUCAGAAUCUUGGAAGUCCUUUUUUAAUGGGACAACAAUUACUCUGCAGCCUGGAUCUCCCUGCAAUGAGUUCAAAGGUUACUGUGAUGUGUUCAUGCGCUGCCGACUAGUCGAUGCUGAUGGUCCACUGGCCCGUUUGAAAAAAGCUAUUUUUAAUCCAGAGCUAUAUGAGAACAUUGCUGAAUGGAUUGUGGCACACUGGUGGGCUGUUCUUCUUAUGGGAAUCGCACUGAUAAUGCUGAUGGCUGGAUUUAUUAAAAUAUGCAGUGUCCACACCCCAAGCAGCAAUCCAAAGCUUCCUCCACCCAAACCUCUCCCAGGUACACUGAAAAGAAGGCGACCUCCCCAAACUGCCCAACAACCUCCGCGUUCAAGACCCAGAGAAAGUUACCAGAUGGGACACAUGAGACGUUAGCUGCAGAUUAAUUUUUGCCUUUGGUUCUUCCUAGUGCCUACCAUGGGAAAGAUUCACUCCAAAGAAAAACCUACCAACAGUCAUUGUCCCCCUUGUUAGCAACCAAGGAUUAGUUCAAUCACGUGGCGAAAGGCAAGAUUCGUACAUAGAACAGAAGUUACGCAACAUUUCUUUUUCUUUUCUUCUUUUGUUUAGCACUCUGGAAAAUACAACUGUGGCAAGGAAAUUAGCCCUAUUUUCUUUCUUACAAACUAUUUUUCUUGAUUAUCGAACGGCACAAAGUCCAUCAUCCUUGCUGCCCCUGCUUCCAUUAAUUCCGCUUCUUUGCUUCCAGCGAAGGGUUGUUUUUUUUUUUCCCCCAACCGUUUUAUUUAAGACCAGUGUCUUUUCAACUGCCAGCCAUUGGAGGUUUCUCUUGCCAAUGUAAAUACCUGAUUGUAUGCAGACAUGCAUUUCUUAAUGUGCAAGCCUACAUCUUUGUGCAGUUGUGUAAAAAUUCAAUAAUUGCAAUGUGGAUAUUCACUUGUAUUAUACAUUUUUUUUUCCUUUUUUUUUUCCCCCGCUGUUAAUGAAGACAUUACUGUUUAACCCUUUGAGUGCCAAACAGGUGUGCAACCCCAGAAGCAGAGUAGUUCUCACCCCUACGUCACCCAAAGGGUUAAGUGACAUACUCAGGAUAACAGAGGAUCUGGUGUAUAAAGGGGACUGAAUAGAUAUAUAUAUAUAUUUUUUUUUUUUUUCUUGGCUGCUUUUUACUUGAUGUUAAAGGCAAAUCCAUAUGCUUUUUUUUUUUUUUUUAGUACUCAACAUCUUGGGAUCAAAGUUGGUUUAAGUCUUCAUUUAAUCUUUUUUUUUUUUUCUUCUUCCUUUCCUACUUCUUGCUACAACGAACUGCUACUCAUAGUAGUACAAGAGACUAAAUGCUCCUUUUUUUUUUUUUUUUUUGUCUUUGAAAGAAAAAAAAAUGUAUUCACUAGAUCUCACUCUGGGAAUCAAGAUAUAUAUAUAUUAUUUUUUUUUUUACCGUUAUUGAUUUUCACUUUGCCCCUCUAAUUAUUCAGUAAAUAUUUCCUGGAAUGUUAGACGUAUACUUCCCCUGAGCCGUAGGCAUGCUAUGAUAAUACAAAGAAACAUUAAUAAGGUUGGAAGCUGGCAGAAUGUCUUGUGGUAGAAUUGUUCUACAUGUUUUUGUUGCUUUAGGUGAGCGUAUAAUAUGCAUCAGAAUAGACUUUAUUGGGUAAUGCUCUCAUGAAGCUGUUGAUAUGUAAAUAACCACUAAAGAGUCUUUCAAAUAGAAAGGUAAACUUAAUAUUUGUAGGCCUAUCGUUCAAUCCAUUUAACUACUGCAGCAGCUUCUAAAUUAUGUUGGCAUAAUUCUGUCCCAUUCUAUUUGUCAUGUUGCCUUUUACCUUCUAAAGAAAAAUUCAAUGUGUUCAUGCAUUUGUUUUUAUGCAUGUAAUUCUAUGGGCAUUACCAAUAAACUGUCUAGUUUGAUUGUGCUCAGGCACAUUGGUGAUUUUAAUAUGGGCAGCAAAAUGGGCUACUUUGAAUUAGCACGACUUUAAUCAUACCUAUUUGUUUACUUCUGCUGCUAGGAGAUCUACUUUUCAGUGCUUUCUAGCAUAUUGAAGGUUUAAUUGUAGAGUCUUCAGAGUUCAAGGUUUACACUUCCAUUCUCAUAAUGACAUGCCAGCAAGGUUAAAAAAAAAAUAUAUAAAAUUUAAAAAAAAUGGGAAAAAUAUGAAAAAUGAAAAACAAAAACACUCAAGACUAAAACACACAAAUAUCUUCCUUGUAAAAUUGUACAGUGUGGUGAUUUUUUUCGAAGACACAUCUUUUUGUACAACGCUUUAGAAAUAAAAUUUUGUACGUGGAAUCCCAGUCCAGUAGCUAGGAGACUAUAAAUAAUUCUGAACCAAUCUAAAAAAAGUUAUAUUAAAAUGAAAAAAAAAAAAUUAAGUGUAGUUUUCAAGUCAUUUGAAUGCAUUGGCUUUCACACAGAGAAAAGGGUGGAUCAAAGGGUUUUUAUUUUGGAAAUGGUGG